GUUCCCAUUUAAGAUGGAAAAAUCUUUCUUUUUUGAAAUGUUUCCUUUAUUUUCUUUUUUUCUUCUUUUCAUUAGGUUGUUGUGUAAACUUUAGAAAAAGUUUGGAUAUUUAUUUUUUCAAGGCAUAAACAUCCUACAAAGUCAUUUUGGAUACAGAAAUGGCAUUGGUCCUGAGAGUAACCGCUGCAACCCCGUUGUCUUCUUCAAGACUCUCCACCAAAAUGGCUCUGAGGCCAACUUCCUCAAACAAGACGACUUCCAAUGUUUCCUUCACUUCAAAGAAAGGUGGCGGUAGAAAGCUCCCCAUCCUCCUUUUUGAUAUAAUGGACACCAUCGUCCGCGACCCUUUUUACCAUGACAUCCCUAACUUCUUUGGGAUGUCUUUCGAAGAACUGAUAGAAUGCAAGGACCCAACCGCAUGGAUAGAGUUUGAAAAGGGGUUUAUUGAUGAGAUUGAGCUGUCCAAAAAAUUCUUCAAAGAUGGAAGACCUUUUGAUUUGGAAGGGCUCAAAAAUUGUAUGAGCAGAGGAUAUUCCUACAUGGAUGGUGUUGAAGACUUGCUUUGUGAUUUAAAACAAAAUAACUAUGAGAUGCAUGCUUUUACAAAUUAUCCCAAUUGGCACACGAUGAUUGAGGAGAAGUUAAAUGUUUCAACAUACUUAUCCUGGAUGUUCUGUUCAUCUCUAUAUGGAAAGAGAAAGCCUGACCCUGCUUUCUAUCUAGAAGUGCUGAGAAAUCUUAAAGUUGAUCCAACAAACUGCAUAUUUGUUGAUGACAGGCAGAGAAAUGUAGAGGCUGCAACUGAAGUUGGUAUUAUUGGCCUACAUUUCAAAAAUGCGAAGGUGCUGCGAGAAGAUCUCUUUCGGAUGGGGAUUGACAUUUCAAUAGAACAUCGGAAAGCACAUGAUUAGCCCAAGCUUCAGUAAUGCAUAAGUUGAUCUCUGAAUUCAUCCAUAAUUUUAGCUUUUCCUCGACAACUUUUGCAGUAUCACUCUUUUUUAUUAGCAUUCUUUUCUAUGAAUAUGCUGGCUGAGGUUUAGCAACACUUAAAAAGGAAUAAAUAACAUAGUUUUAUAGAAAAUGCCAAAAUGUCAAAUUUAUAGUCCCUUAAUAAAAAUUUCAAUGUCCUUACUGAA